UAGCAUUCAGAAUUUUAUCAUUUCACAAGUGAGAGUGUAGGUGUGUGUUCCUAGUUUACAUUGUAGCCUAGGCUAGAGACGCGCGAAUAGGCUACUCAGGGGUGAUCCAAUAGGCUGCCCUGACUACACAUUGGCUAAAUGCUCAGCACGACCACACAGGUGCAUCUGUCUUAACGACCUCCUGUCUAGUCCUGGUAUCUGCACACAGUAAUACAUUAAGGGAACGGCAUAGGACAAUGAGCUCCUCUCUUCCCAAAAGCGAAUCUACCACCUCUCUGCUGAGAGCUCCGGCCGUGCCGGUGAGUCGGAGGUCCGAACAUUCUGAGCAUCACGGGUCGCGCAGCCACUGUAGUCACAUCCAUCAACCCGACGGAGGUAAAGAUGUACCUGACGAGCCGUGUUGGACCGAUGAGUGCGAGGCAAGCGCGCGCAGACCCCUUUGUCAACCGAGGCAUGCUGGUGGCAGGACAGACAGGAAUGGAUGUGAUAAACGGGGACAUUCCCACCAACAAAGCAGCCACUACAAUGACGGCUACAUCCAGGAAGAAGUUAGAGAGCGGGUGGAUCGGAGCGGGAAAGACCGCAGUAAGUCGUCUAGACACCCACACCACCACCACCACCACAACUCAAGAGGUGACCUGCCGCCAGCUCAUCACCACGGCAACGCACGUCCGGGGCGGAGGUCCUCGCCAACUCCAUCCUAUACUAAACAAUCCGACGAUACUGCGUACUUUUUUGAAUCGAAAGACAGAAUAAAUACUGGGUCGUCCACGAGUUUAAACUCGGUCCCACCCGCAACGUACACGUCAGUUACCGGCCCCGCUACCAGCCGCACCUCCAAAAGACUCAGCACAGCUCCAUCUGAACAUGACUCCAAUCUGCACCCGAUAGUGAAAUCAGUCUUCGGACAGGACCAGAAGAAGAACUACAGAGCAGUGCAGUCCUGUGAGGAGGGGACUGGGGGGGCCUAUCUUGAGCCUCUAGUGGCUAUGGCUCAGAACGGAGGCAACAUGCACAACGUACUGGGGCCUGCCUGCAUCUUUCUACGCAAGGGCUUCGCUGAGAGCCGGCAGGCUAAGAAGGAUAGAGAGCUGAGGCCGGAGGAAAUGGAUGAGUUGCGUGAGGCUUUUAAAGAGUUUGACAAAGACCAUGACGGCUUCAUCGGCUGUAAAGACCUGGGCAACUGCAUGAGGACCAUGGGCUACAUGCCUACUGAGAUGGAGCUGAUUGAACUGAGCCAGCAGAUCAAUAUGAACUUGGGAGGACAUGUUGACUUUGAGGACUUUGUGGAGCUGAUGGGGCCAAAGCUUCUGGCUGAAACAGCAGAUAUGAUUGGGGUCAAGGAGCUGAGGGACGCUUUUAACGAGUUUGACACCAAUGGUGACGGCCAGAUCAGCACAUCGGAACUCAGAGAAGCAAUGAAGAAACUUCUCGGUCAACAGGUUGGUCACAGGGACCUAGAAGACAUCCUGCGGGACAUUGACCUGAAUGGAGAUGGUCACGUGGACUUUGAAGAGUUUGUACGUAUGAUGUCUCGCUGAGUGACAGGUUAAGCACCUGUAGGCCAUGUUUCUGACUGGCCCCUUUCCUGGUAAGAGAGAACGAGAAGGAGAAGAGUUGCCGGAGUCCUUACCAACAGACCACUUACCUCUGACUUCUGUACGACAGAAGGGGGAAACGACAUAUCAACAACCGCCCUGCUACUGCCACACCCGAAGACGAGCACAGAAGCUGAAGGAACAACGUCAGCGAUCAUGAUGCUGUGUGCUGCUGUCUCUAAGAGCAAAAGAGAACAACAGCCAGCCUCCCACAAUUUUACACUGUACAUUUCCGCUAUUAGAGAAAACAUUUGUAGGUGUUUACAGGGGCUAAAGAGCAAUGUGACGUUUGAGCUACUUACAAUCAUUACCAUGGUUGGUUAAGGCUAUGGGAAAGUAAAGGAGACAUAUUGACAUUUUUAGCAUUUUCUCAUGCCAGCGUCUCCCAUAACCAACCUAAAGCACUAUAUUCCCCUCUGGGCCUUUGUACUCCUAAGCUAAAUGUUUUAAUGGCAAUAUUAUUUCAACGUACCUACUGUCAAAAUAUGUAUUGUUCAUGUGUGCAUACGUGUAUGUUUGUGUGAAGCUCAAUUCUCCCAUAUUGUACGAUUCCAUAUGUCUUAAGCUACUGUAGAGUUAGUUUCAAACCCAUGGCAUACGCUAGCCAACUGUCUCUGUCUUGAAAUACAUCUCACGUAUUAGCGCUGAUGCACUUCUUCAGAUUAUCAAACACAUAUCGAGUUACAUUAUACAAGCUCUGAACACGGAUGGGCAACUGUUUUGAUAAAGGAAAGAGCAUUUUGAUGAAAACCGAAGACUGGGGAAUUGGGUAGCAAUCAUAAAUAAACUGUUUACGUCUGGCCAACCCAAGACCCAAAGAUGUGCACGUUGUUUUGCAUGAAUACUGAGAUUGCAAAGCUCCACUUUUGAUUUACACUGUCACGCUGUCCCUCCGUACAAAUCAACAAUGUGCACCACAGACAAACAUACACACUGUAAUGUAUUGUGGUGAUCAACAUAACACUGAAACCUGUGUCUCUCUAUGUGUGUGAGAUCGGUGUGUAUCUCUGUACUGAUGAGAGUGUGUUUGUGUUUGAGUGUGGAACUUGUGAGUUUUUGUGUGUCUCCAUUAUGCGUCUUAUUUGUGACUUUGAAUUUGUCUUGUGCGAUUCUAUGCAUGCCAAAUACUAAAACAAUGUGUAGUUGAGAAUAAACAGCUUUA